CAUAAAACACUCACACUCGCACGAACCGCCAUAAACACUCACACUGUAUCUACAAAAUCUUCCGUAAACGAAGAGAGAAGAAAGAGAGAGAAAAAAAAAAAAAAAGCUACGAAUCCUCUUCUUCGAUUGCGCGACUGAAGCUUGAAAUUGCAUCUAUGAUCGAUCUUUUGAUUGCGUGAGUUCAGAACCUCUUCUUUGGUUGCGCGAUUAAAGCUUUAAAUUGCAUUGUCUGAAAUGGCUCGCAAUCUCCAAAACUACUCUCGAGUGGAGGAUCUGUUGGAUAUUAAAGAGAUUCUGCAUCGGUCCAGAUAUGAAUGGUUGGAUUCCCAUGAUGUUAUAAACAUCAUGGCUGUUCAAAAUAAUCUACCAACAUCCACAGAGAUGGUAGAGCCAUUCAAGGAAGGCUUGUUUCUUUUUCACUCUGGAGAACUCACAGAUGCUAAUGACUGGGACUUCAAUGGGGACAGAGUUACUCAACCAGCACUGCCUAUCUACUACCAGUCAUCGAGGUUACCUCUCGUCCCCCUUGAUAUUGGGAUGCGCAGUAAUUACUGGCGCAGGACUUAUUAUCCAGCAGGGGCUUCCCAAUUUAAAAUAGCUCAGUACAUAAUUGUACACUUGCCAGACGAUGUUUUAUCGUCAGAUGAUUCAGGAAUGAGAGUCACAGUCCUGAACACUGGCAGUAGUAGUGAGGAAGAAGAGAGUGGUGAGGAAGACGAUAGUGCCGAUGAAGAAGAGAGUGGUGAGGAAGACGAGAGUGCCGAUGAAGAAGUCAUUGUAUAGCCUCACAAUCUCCAAAACGACUCUGACUCUGAGCAUCUAUUGGAUAUUGAAGAGAUACUGGUUCGGUCUACACAUGAAUGGUUGGAUUACCAUGAUGUUACUAACUUCAUGGCACAUGCAGACCAUCUAACAGUAUCCACCAAGAUGGUAGAGCCGUUGGUCAAUUUAACAAAUGUAA